CUUGCCAACUCAGUCUUUUAAUUUUACUCCUACAGCUAUGUGUUGCCAUGGAAGUGCCAGAGAAGACGAUGAUCUACAGCAACUCUAUGCUGGGCAUGGUCAAGCUUUUGGCUAUGGAAGAUGCUUUAAGGCACAAUCUGGCGACCUAUAUCCAAGCCAUGCAAACGAAAUUGGAUGCCUUAAAGCUUUUCCAACAGAUGCUGCAGAGGAAACCAAUGAAAACUCUCGAGGAAAGGGAAGAAUUUAUGGGAAAUCCGCUAAAUGCAUUGCCCCUGCUGCGACGCCUCAAUCAGGAUUGGCCCAAAUGGUUGAAUUAUCUACGGUCGGACAUGGCCACAAAAACAACAAACGCAAUGGAAACAAAAUUGAAAUUAGCACCAAGCAAUGAGGAUCUGCAAGUGGCACUCAAAGGCUUCGCGCGCAUCGAAAGUUUCUACGAUCAGGAGGCAGCGGAUAUGGCCAAGGGUUAUCUAUUGGGGCAACAGUUUGACUCUCAGUUGACGGCUCCCGAUUGCUUUGCGCUGGCCGAAUUUCACUACAAUCAAACAAAAUUCUCAAGAGGCACGCCCUGGUAUCGCAUGGCCCUAAGACUGCAUCAGAGUGCCGAGGGUAAACUCUAUCAAAAGGUUUUAGGACUGAAGCGAAAGAGAAUCUACCAAAAGUUUGCCAAGUCGUUGGUCAUGGAGGCCUUCUCUUUGUCUAUUCCAACGGAGAUAAACCCCGAAUGGGAGACACUGGCCAAUGAAAUGGUCACCGAGGACAAAUUUCCCAGCAUCAAAAGCGCCCUUGACGAAUACCUUGAGGGGGAUGAAGAGAUCUUGCGGCAGGAGGCUGCUGAGCAUAAGCCCAAACCCACGAGGCUAGAGCGCGGUUGUCGUGGUUGGUGGCCGAGGCAGUCCUCCGCUCGACUAACCUGCAGCUAUAACCGGAAGAACUCUGCCUUUCUGCGCCUGGCACCACUCAAAAUGGAAGUACUUAACGAACAACCGCUGAUAGUGCUCUACCACGAGGUGCUCUACGAAAAGGAAUUGAAGUCAGUGCGGGAAAUGGCAAACAAAAGCGACAGCAUGCAUAAACAGUCCAUCAAGCCACAGCGGGAAGAUCGGGUGGCAAAGCUGCACAUCGCAGAGCCGUUUGCUCUGAGCAUCAAUCAACGCAUAGCAGACAUGACGGGGCUAGAGCUGCAGGGUAACACGGCCUUGCACAUGUCCAACUACGGUCUGGGUGGAGACUUCAAUGCCCAUGAGGACUCUGUGGAUCUAGCCAAACGUCCGGUUAGUAGAGGAUCCCAUCUUGUCAAUGCAAUUUCAUCCACUGAUCGGGGCGGCAAUGUCUUGGCCACAGUUCUGCUCUUUGCAAGCGACGUGCAGCUGGGUGGAGCGAAUGUUUUUCCCAAAUUAAAAAUCUCUGUGGCGCCCAAGAAGGGAAAUGCUUUGAUCUGGCACAACCUCAACAAUGCUGGCAAACCCGAGAAGCUCAUAAGUCAUGCGGUCUGCCCCGUUGUCUUGGGUUCACGUUGGACAAUUUACAAAUGGAUUAAGGCAGAGCAGCAAAUGCUGAAGAGGCCUUGUCUGGCCUAGUUUCGAAAUGGAUAUCUUUAUUAGCGCCUCCCAUUAGGAUGAAUGGCAUGCAAAUAAAUGUAAAUCUUCCCACAAGUGGAA